AAUUUUUCUAAUUUUCAAAGUGUGCUCAAACUCUUUGGGUUGCAGUAUACAGGGUAUGAAAUUUUCUGUCAGUAUUAAAAAGUAUAUUUUUUGGUAUAUUUAAUGUGCUACAAAAAACGCGCUAGGUGAUUUUUCAUAACAUAUUGUCUAGUUCAACGUUUGUAAACAAAUAAAUAACCAUGUCGCUGGUGGCAGAUUAUAGCGAUUCCUCCGAAUCCGAAGAUGAUAGCAGUAGCCAAUCCUCUGGAGAUGAGGACAAAAAAAUAACUCCACCAGCAGAAAAGGAGAAGUCACCUCCUAAGUUGCCCAGUGCGAGUCAAGCUCUUUCCCAAGGAGCAGGCAAGGGAGAUGUUUUCGCCAAUCCCUUCCUGGAGGCGGAACUCCAAAAGACCGCCUCACUGGAACGACACGUAAAGAUGGUGGAUAACGAUGCACACCUGAAGUUAAAGAACGGUCUCAAGAUUUGCUGGAACUUUAGAAGGGGUCGCUGUCGCUUUGGGACCGGUUGUCAGUUUGCCCAUGACUCUGACUUGUCGGUGGAUGAAUCGGCAGAUCAAGCAGUGCCUGUGGCCAUGGAGGCUGUCCCGGUGAAUUCCAACAGACGCAAGCGUCCUGGACUGGGUGAUGCGCUGGAGCCGAGUAAGAGAGUCAUGAAGGCCUACAAGCAACAGAAUCCGCAAAAUCCGUUUGCCCGGCCCUAA